UCCCUUUUAGAUUUUGUAUUAUAAAUAGUUAUUGGGUUUGGAUUAACCGUUAUAUAGUGCAGAUUUUGCAAACAAAAGGUAGAAUCUUUUGGAGAUUUUUGGAGUAGCUUUUUCUACUUGGUAAUUUGGAAAUAGGUUUUGCUAGAUCCAUUGGAAGGAAAAGUGUAGCUUUUUUCCAAAAAUAUGGAAGAUUUUAAUAGUGCUCAUAUAUCUUCUCUUGAAACUCUUCCUCAUGAUAUUCUGUUACGUGUUUUGUGUGGUGUUGAGCAUGAUGAUUUGGAGCAGCUUUUUUAUGUGUCCAGAACAAUUAGAAAAGCGACACUAAUUGUGGAGGAAUUACAUUUUAAUUUUAGCACACCAAAAAAUUAUCACAUUAAAGUUAAAAGUCCAAAAGCACCAUUCAUCGGAAAACAACCAAGAGAGGAGUCAAAGUUCAAUUUGGAGGACUUCACCAAAAAAAGAAAAAAGAUCAAUAUGAAGAAACUAAAUGAUAUCUCGACGAUAUUGUUUUGUACCGCAAGUUGAAUAGACCACGAAGAUUAUGAAUAGAUAUUCUAGUUAAGAAUUGAUUUAGUUGAAAAUUAGAGAGUAUGAAUUAGUAUUAACUUGUUAUCCAAGGAUGAUGUUGCCAUAUUAUUUCACACCGUAUAUAUUCACUAGCAAGUUUC